GGUCCGGGGGCCGAACAGAAGCCGGCCUCCGCGUACAAGCCCAAUGCAGCGGCAGUUAGUUGUGCCAGCCGACGAACGAGCUGCUGACCUCACCGGCCGGCGAAAAUCGGCUCGCCUCUUCCCAGAUCUGCUGCGGGCGGUGCCUGUACCUGGACGCCGGCAAGCAUGGCGCGGACGCGGACGAUGAAAGAGCGCGGGGCGAGCGCGCCAGGGACGCCGGCGGACCGGAGGCCGCUCUACUUCGCCGCCUUCCUGCUGCUCGCCGACGCCGCGCUCGUCGCCCUCAUCGUCGCCUUCGUCCCAUAUACCAAGAUCGAUUGGGACGCCUACAUGUCUCAGGUGGAUGCUUUUCGGGAGGGGGAGAGGGACUACACCAAGAUCGAGGGCGACACGGGGCCGUUGGUCUACCCGGCCGGCUUCCUCUACGUCUACUCCGCCAUCAAGUUCCUCACCGCCGGCCAAGUGUUCCCUGCUCAGAUUCUGUUCGGCGUCUUGUACAUUGUCAACCUGAGCCUCGUUAUGUUGCUCUACGUCAAGUCUGAAGUGCUUCCUUGGUGGGCUCUAGGUUUGCUUUGCUUAUCAAAGCGAAUUCACUCCAUCUUUGUGCUCCGUCUUUUCAACGAUUGUAUUGCUAUGACGUUGCUCCAUGCUGCUAUGGUUUUGAUUAUCUAUCACAAGUGGUACCUCGGUCUAAUUAUUUUCAGUGGAGCUGUCUCAGUUAAGAUGAAUGUGCUCCUUUUUGCUCCAUCUUUGUUUCUGCUAAUGUUGAAGGCCAUGAGUAUCAAAGGAGUCGUUUUUGCCUUGUUAGGAGCUGCAGGAGUACAGGUUUUGUUGGGUUUCCCAUUCUUGUUGUCACAUCCUGUGGAGUACAUCUCAAGAGCUUUCGAUCUUGGGCGUGUCUUCAUCCAUUUCUGGUCUGUCAAUUUUAAGUUUGUUCCUGAGAAAUUGUUUGUAUCAAAAGAGCUAGCUGUCGCGCUAUUGUUUUUUCACCUCACUGCUCUCAUGGUGUUUGCGCACUACAAGUGGUUUAAGCACGAAGGUGGGUUGUUCCGUUUUGUGCAUUCCAGAUUUGGAGAUGCUACAUCGAUUCAACAGCUUAUUUCCUACAAGCCGGAGCAUAUUGUGACUGUCAUGUUUGUUGGAAACUUUAUUGGCAUUGUGUGUGCCCGGUCAUUACAUUACCAAUUUUAUUCUUGGUAUUUCUAUUCAUUGCCUUUUCUUUUGUGGAGAACACAAUUUCCAACAGUAGUAAGGAUUAUUUUGUUUGUUGGCGUGGAGCUCUGCUGGAAUAUUUAUCCUUCUACUGCCUAUUCAUCGCUGCUUCUGCUGUUCUUGCACAUACUCAUCUUGUUUGGCCUAUGGAGGUCACCUGCUGAGUACCCCUAUGUCGAUAAAAAGGACAAGCCACACAGUAACAAAUUGGGCAAGGCAAUGUGAGGAUUCCCUGCAUAAUAUUUUGAUCUUUUGAUGUAGGAAUAGUAAAUAGAAACUGGGAUACAAACAGCAGAAAGGUCUUCUCCAAAUCUGAAAAGAGUGUACUUUGACACACUGUAUUUUUAGUCUUCUAGCAUGGCUGCACUCUUGCUGUGAGCCCAAGUUUUUUAGAGUAACAUCUAGUCAUACCAAAACAUACAUCAGGUGUAGCCUGUCAACAAUAGAUGAAAACAGUUUCUGAAUAUGCUGUUGUUAUACUGUCUUCUUGACUCUAAAGACCUGGAAAUAUAUAUCUGGAGUCUCUUUUCGUCCCUUGA